AUGCAACAUAGUGCAGGUGCUCUAUUUAGAAAGGCAGUGGCCAAUGGUAAUCCAUUGCAGAUUGUUGGUACUAUCAAUGCUUACUCGGCAAUCUUGGCCGAUAAGUCUGGUUACCAAGCAAUCUACUUGUCAGGUGGUGGUGUGGCCGCUGCAAGCUUCGGUCUCCCAGACUUGGGUAUCACAACAAUUAACGAUGUAGUUGAGGAUAUUAGAAGGAUUACAAGAGUUACCAAAGUUCCAUUGCUUGUUGAUGCUGACACUGGAUUCGGAAGUGCAUUCAACAUUGCAAGGACUAUUGAGGAGUUUGAGCGUGCUGGUGCUGCUGGAUGCCAUAUUGAGGACCAGGUCGCUGCCAAGCGUUGUGGUCAUCGUCCAGGCAAGAUGAUUGUUAGUCAACAAGAGAUGGUCGAUCGUAUCAAGGCUGCUGUGGCCGCAAGGAGAGAUCCAAACUUUGUCAUCAUGGCCAGGACUGAUGCCCUUGCAAACGAGGGCAUUGAGAAGGCCAUCGAGAGAUCCAAAGCAUACAUCGCAGCAGGCGCUGACAUGUUGUUCCCAGAGGCUUUGACCGAGUUGUCACAAUACCAAGCAUUCAGAAAGGCAUUGCCCAAUGUACCAAUCCUUGCCAACAUCACAGAGUUUGGAAAGACUGAACUGUUCACAUGUGAGGAGCUGGCCAACUCAGGCGCCAGCAUGGUCCUCUACCCACUGUCUGCAUUCCGUGCGCAGGCUGCUGCCACCGUCAAGGUGUACGAGUCCAUCAAGAAGGAUGGUACUCAAAAGAAUGUUGUCCCACUGAUGCAGACCCGUGAAGAGCUCUACAAGUAUCUCGACUAUCACAAGUUUGAGGAUCAGCUGGACGUCCUAUUUGGCAAGCAUUCCGAGGACAAGGAAUGA